UGUAAGCUGGAGGAGGGGCUGUGGAGGUUGGAGGUCAUUCUAUAAAGGCAACAGGGAGGGAGCGACACUCGCACACGCCGUCAACAGACGCACACGUUCCAGAGGAGAAGCCUGACAAGAGAUCACAUCUUUAGACGUCAACAUGUCCAAAGUGUUCAAGAAGACCAGCGGCAAUGGACACAUUUCCUUGUACUUGGGAAGGAGAGAUUUUGUGGACCACGUGGAUUCAGUGGACUUGGUUGAUGGAGUUGUAAAAGUGGACCCCUCUGGUCUCGAUGGCAAAAAAGUAUUCGUAUACCUUGCGUGUGCUUUCCGCUACGGAAGUGAGGAUCUGGACGUGAUCGGGCUGUCCUGCAGGAAAGACAUCUGGAUAAACCGCGUCCAGGUGUAUCCGGCCCCAGACGGGAACGCGGAAAAAACGCAGAUGCAGGAAUCCCUCCUGAAGAAAGUCGGAGAGAACGGGUAUCCCUUUUCCUUCCAGAUGCCCCCCAACCUCCCUUGCUCAGUCUCCUUGCAGCCUGGACCAAAUGAUGCUGGCAAGGCGUGUGGGGUGGACUUUGAGGUCAAAGCCUACAUGGCCAAUGAAGCAAACAACGCCACUGAAGUCAUUGAGAAGAAGGCCACUUGUCGCCUGAUGAUUCGAAAAAUCCAGUACGCGCCAAAUAAAAACAGCGCCGGACCAAAGGCCGAUAUCACCAAGCAGUUCAUGAUGUCGGACAAGCCCGUUCACAUGGAAGCCUCCCUUGACAAAGAGAUCUACUACCACGGCGAUCCCAUCACUAUCAGCGUCAAAAUCAACAACGAAACCACUAAGGUUGUGAAGAAAAUCAAAGUCACGGUCGAGCAGCUGACCAAUGUGGUGCUGUACUCAUCGGACACGUACACAAAGUCUGUCUGUACAGAAGAGUUUGGGGAGACAAUUAACGCCAACUCCACGUUCGAGAAGUCCUUCCAAGUGACCCCAUUGCUGGCCAACAACAAAGAGAAGAGAGGACUGUCGGUGGACGGACGGCUAAAAUACGAGGACACAAACCUUGCCUCCACUACCUUGAGUCAGGACAAUAAGGAGAUGCAAGGAAUACUGGUGUCCUACAAAGUAAAGGUCAAUCUAAUGGUGUCUGGAGGAGGCCUGCUGGGUGGCCUAACAGCAAGUGAUGUCACAGUGGAGCUUCCGUUGACGCUGAUGUCCCCAAAGCCAGCAGGUGAGUUCAGCAUCAUUCAGUGAAUUCAAAAUGUACACGAUUCAUCUGAUGCGCUGUUAUUCCCUUC